ACUGUUUGUUUGGUUGACUAUUGUUUAUAAGGAUGCUAGGCUAUUCUUCAUCACCAUUGAAGGUCAAGACGUGGGAAAGAGAAUAAUUGCCACCGUUUAGUAUUGCUCAUUUCUACGACUUAAAGGCCAAGCGAAAGGAAGAGAACAAGAUUCUUGAUUGGUAACGUGAUUCAGAAAUAAACAUUUAUUGCUCAUCUAGGCGAGGCGGGGAAUAUUUAGGAUUUAUUGUGAAAUAGUAUAUUUGUUAAAGAAUGUACCAUUGUGCUGGAUUACAUAUAAAUACCAGUUUGUACCAAUGGAUUGUUUCGUAUUGGAAUUUUAGAAAAUGAUUAAAGGGUGGAUAAAGGGAACAAGGUGUGAACUAUUAAAAUGUUUUAACAGAGUGACAAUGAAGAUGCCUUUCGACUAAUAUGGUGAACAAUACAAAAGACUUUUGCAGAAACCGUGACCAAUUUUGCCUGAUCGCCUGCUUUUCAAAGUGGCGUGAAAUUUGACAAUCAUAAUGCCUAGUGUUGCUCAGCUAAUAAUCUGGAUUGUUUUAUCACCUAUUGCUUUAAUCACGUGCAUAGCAUGCAUCGUCAUCAUAGCCCAUUAUAAGCCAUAUUAUCAUGGUACUGAUAUAUCACUUUUUUCUAUUUUCAUUGCCAUGAGUUUAAGAGUCGUGAUAGUCAUUCUACUACCAUCUAUUAUGGAACUGGCAAAUCUGGGCUGGACACUGCACCUCUGUAAUUUUUAUGUCUGGGCAUUCAUAGCAUUGCAUAUUGCGGAAUUGUUAAGUUUCGUGACAGCUAGUAUUCACUGGAUGAGCAUACCGCGAUCCUCGACGAAGAAAAAGAUUUAUAAUUCCUCUAAAUAUGUCAAGAUUGUGAUAUCGUUGGUGUGGUUUUUCGCCAUUGUGAUAGGAAUAGUUCCUGUUAUUGAGUGGUCUGAGAACUUCCAGGGCUUUGGCGAGUGUCGAUUCCUUCCUUAUAAUCUCGGUACAGGGUUUUCCGUAUUUUUCAUCAUCAUCAAUGUGUUUUCUUUUACUAUGUCCCUGAUAUGUACAUGUGACACUAUGGUGCUAUUUAGCUCUAUGAAACGUGUGGCUACGAACAAAUACCAGGCUGGCCGUUUCUAUUUGCCUAGUUCGGCUAGUGUGGCCAAAACAGCCAGUCAAACAGUCCACGCCAAAUACAACGAGCUGAACUUUUCAUCUGAUCUGUGUCGUCUAGUCGUCAUAUUAAUUAUUUGUGCUUUCACCAUUAUUCACAUUCCUUUUACGGUGAUAGAAUUUUAUCAACUUGUAGAUAAUCCGGAUAGAGAAAUUCUAGAAAUAAUUAUUUUAUGGUUAAUACUUAUAGAAGCUUUAAUCUUGCCACAUUUAUUAUGGUUAGUAAGUAAACGAUAUCGCCAUGCAUUGGUAUAUACGUGGAAAGUACAUAUACUCCGAGAUAUAACUGCUCAAGAAGAAGACCCUUCAGCAUGUACGUUACAGUCAUAUACCAGAAAAAUUCGAGAUGUUGAUGGUAAAACUGUUCGCAUUACGACUAAAACGAAUGACCGCAACACCAUAUUACCACAUAAAGAUCACGUUUAUACAAACGGCGAUACGACCAAAAUGAACGGUUAUAACACUAAUGCCGUUAGAAAUAGCGAAUCGACUGUGAAUCGCAACGGAAGACCGUCCAAUAUUGUUAUAACGGACAUAGAUGACGGAAUGACUGUGGCGACAAAUAACGGCAAUGCUAACGCUGUGGUCAAUUUAACGAUGGUUAAAAACAGUAAUGGGACUCCACAGAAAGAUCCAACGAGUCCCACAAUGUCAACCCUUAGUACGCCGUCUCAUGCCGACCUUGAACGUAGUGCUUCCUCCAAUUCACGUAAAGAAUGGAAAGAACAAAUGCGACGUAAACACCUUCCCGCCAUCUUCGUGAACGAGGCGUUUGACGAUGAUCAAACAGCAUUGCCGCGAGAUGAAAAGAAUGAAUUCUAUAUGUCUAGUGAUUAUCAUCCGGAUUAUUUAACUAAUAGUUUACCGCGCAGUGUUGUUAAAACCCACGAAAGUGAGAGUGAAGGUGCUAGUAAUCAGUAUGACGACGAUGAUAUAGAUCAUAUAUUAGAACUGGACAAAGAUAAAAGUAGUACGUCAGAACAAUGUAUGAUAUUGGAUAUUUCUGAUGACGAAAGUUCAAUACGAGAGCCCAGCAUUCAGGGCGAUAACAAAGACCCUUUAAAAGAGGCUAUGGUCGCUGAUCUUAAUGACAUAUUUUUAGAAGAUAAAGACAACCUAAAUCCUUCGAUAUGUUCUGAGAGUCCAAAGUUUUUAAAACCGGAGGAUAUGGCGUUCGAAUCAAGUGAUAAAUCAGUGACUAUUGAACCUUACACGGCUGUCAGACGUCCACCGUGGAUGGACGUGGAGGAGGAAACGACGUCAUUCCAGUCGUCUCAACCUUCAUCAGUUAAACAUGUAACCACAGAUCCAUAUGACAAUGAUAUAGAUCGUGGUUUUGAGGAGGCUUUAGCGGCUGGCUAUGCUUCCUCAAUGGCAGGAUAUUCGACAAUGGCACUGGGUUUUGAUUCUAUUAAAGAAGAAUCAGAAGAAACUAACAGUCAAGAAAAUCUUUAUUCUCCAUUUAAAACCCAGGCUGUGAACGGUUUUAAUUCGCGUUCAUCGUCACAGACCUCUUCUGAGAAUCCUUUCGAUAGUGUACCGAUGUCGCUCCCUCCCAGUACAACCAAAAGCUUUGAUUCAAAAGACCUCGAUGAACAUUAUUUACCACCAUUAACAAACGGUUAUGGCGACUCUGUGUCCUCGUUUAAACCAUCGUCACCACCAGAAGUAAAGACUCAGUUGUCAAGGGAUAGACACUCUUUGGAUUCCCAAAGUUCUGUUACAUCUCAAGAAGUAGCAAACAUAUCUAAAGCUGCUUUAAUUAAACAGGAACAAAUUAAUGGCAGCGCCACUGAUACAACAGCAUACUUUUGAGGCAAGAAUCGGGACUGAAAUCUUUACCGAUUUUAUACUGUGCUUCUUUUAUAAAUAAAACCAGGCAUUAAUAUUUAAGAGAGAGAGAGAGAGAGAGAGAGAGCGAGAGAGAGAGAGAGAGAUUUACUUUCAUAUAUUAUUAAAUUCAAAUGCUUGUCCUCACAGCAUUUGUCAAAUCUUUAUAAUCUGUUAUGUAUAAUUAUUUUGUUUUUGGUGACAGACAUGAUUGCCAAAAUAUUUCAAUCAUCCUAAACCAGCUAUAAGCCAGCUGACAAAAGAUAAGUAAUGAUUCCUCUCCUUAUAACAUUUCUUCUUGCACCAGUGUAUCAUAAAAUUUGUAAAUUUAUAAAUUAUCUUAUAUAUUUGUAUUAUAUUGUGUACAAAUUAUAAAUUAACACAUGUAGAGAAAUAUAUCUUUCAUAUAUAUUUAAAGAUUUAUUUAUUUAUACAUAUAUUAUAAAUUUAAGUCAUGUGCAAUUUUUGUUGAUACAGAUCUUAUGAACUGUAUUUAUGUAUGUCAUUUAAUUUUUCUUUUUGUUUGUUUGUUUAAUGUUUAAAUCUCACUCAUUUAAAGAUAUCUUGUUUUAUGUUUUUAUUUCUUUAAUGUUAUACAAAAGUUUGAAAUCCAGCAAUAAUGGAUACUACCAUUGGCUGUUUUAUUUUAUUCCACUUCCUUGUUUGUUUACUUCCGUGGCAGAAAAACAACAAAUUCGGCCCAUUCUAAGCCCAAAUUAGAUAGAUAGACAUUUUGAAAAGCAAUCGAUAAGUUAAGGCACGAUAUUAUGAAAAGUAUCGUUUUUACUAGACUUUUGAAUUACCCUGCAGGUGGAAUCGCGAUUAUCUGAGAUUGAAGGGAAGUAACUAAUAUGGAUAAACACUUCUAUCAAUUAUCCAUUGAAACCCAUUCAAAUUUGGGUUGAAUCACAUAUUUAAAUCACGUUUACUAUGGCCACGUGGCUUAGUUUUCACAGACGUUUUGUAUGGUCAUAACCAUAAUACCAGAGUCACCCAGAUUAUAAUCACUUUGAGCUCUCCGGUGCUACUAAAGUUAUGUCGACAUGAUGAAUAUUAAGCAUAACCAGGCGGAAAAUAUAAAUUUAACCCCUUUUCAUUGAUUCAGUACCGAAUAGCCAAUAUUAUACAUUUGGCAUGAAAAAAUCAGAGGUAACCGGGAGAAUAAGGAUUUACUAGGAAUAACAAGAAGAGUGAGCGAUUUUAACGCCUGACCAACAACCCGAAGACAUCCCAAAUUCAAUCGAUCAUGCUCAGCUAUUUAUGUUUACGGUAGAUAUAUUCAUAAAUAAAUAAAAAAAAUUACGCCUUGUUAAAAAAUAACCACUUUUGUUUCAUUCUGGUAUACAUUGAACCAUACGUUCUCUUUCUCGAGUAUCUUAAGAUAUAAAGAUAUAUAUAUAUAUAUAUUCUUCCCGGUAUAAUCAAUCUGACAAUAGUACAAUCAAAUAAAAGCUCAUAAAAAUUAUAUACAAUACAUUUGUGUGUAUAUCUUAUAUUAUACUUUAUCUAUCAUUAAGUACUUUAGAGUGAUCAUGAACCAUUUGGAAAUAAAAUUACUUUAAAAUUUA